AGAACCAUGAAACUGGGUUGGUAGUGGUUCAGGGUAAAACAGUUUCAUAUUUUCUUUUAAAGAAACUAGGUGGCAGCACUACUUGAAACAACGUGGUACAAAAAUAUUCUUCGUCUUUCAAAUCAAAAUCAGCUGUGAACAUCAGUAUGGCCGCUCUAAUAACCAGAAAAUAAUAUAGUUUUUGCAAAAUCAAAUACAAAAAAAAAUAGGAAAGUGGAGUUCUCGUACUUACAUCGUCUAAUUAUUUUGAACAUUUGUGGCGGUGUUGAUGUUGACUAAAAGUGUUGCGUCAUGACAGAAACCUCUCACUGACAAACAAAUACAAUAAAAAUUGACUUGUUACGGCGAUUUUUAAUUUCUAUUUCGCUCGUGUAUCGCUUCUGUCAGUCGCUCGGAGGCUGAUGUUAUUUCUGAGUUGUAAUCGCGCGAGAUAAUGAGUAGUGCUAGAUUGAGCCUGGUUUCUGUGGGGAGGCUGAUAAGGAUAUCAGGUGUGCAACAAUGCCGCAUGCUUCGCCGCGCCGGUCCCCGGUCGCUGAGCACGUGCGUGGUGCUGUGCAAGAGCCCCACGGAGCAGCCGCCCGGCCCGCCGCACCAGCCGCCGCCCAAGGAAGCCGUCAACUCAGGCACAUCGGGCGGCAAGAAAUCCGGCUCCGGUAACAACGGUGUGCUCACGUGCCCCAAGUGCGGCGACCCCUGCACCCACGUGGAGACCUUUGUCAGCUCCACCCGGUUCGUCAAGUGCGACAAGUGCCACCACUUCUUCGUCGUGCUCAGCGAAGUGGACACCAAGAAGAGCAUCAAAGACAACGCCGAGAACAAGUCAGGAUUCUAUAGAAAACCCCCGCCGCCGCCUAAGAAAAUCUUCGAAUACCUAAACAAGCACGUUGUAGGCCAAGAGUACGCAAAGAAGGUACUAUCGGUGGCGGUGUACAACCAUUACAAGAGGAUCUACAACAACGUGACCGGCGGCACUCCGGGCGACACGCACCAUCCCUUACACCACACACACAGAGAUCUACUUCACCUGAGCAAUAGCAGCGGUGGCGGAGGGGGCGGUACCGAAAUACUUGAGAGACAGAACCACGAGCUCAGGCUCGACAAGAGCAAUGUACUCCUACUUGGACCCACAGGCUGUGGUAAAACCCUCCUAGCACAGACGAUAGCGCAAUGUCUGGACGUGCCGUUCGCAAUCUGCGACUGCACGACGCUCACGCAAGCCGGUUACGUGGGCGAAGAUAUCGAGAGCGUCAUCGCCAAGCUGCUACAAGACGCUAACUUCAAUGUUGAACGAGCACAAACGGGCAUAGUUUUCCUGGACGAAGUGGACAAAAUCGGAGCAGUUCCGGGCAUACACCAACUCAGAGAUGUUGGGGGCGAAGGAGUACAACAAGGCAUGUUGAAAAUGCUGGAAGGCGCUGUGGUGUCGGUGCCGGAGCGUAAUUCGCGCAAACUGCGCGGCGACGCCGUACAAGUGGACACUACCAACAUACUGUUCGUGGCCAGCGGCGCCUACAACGGAUUGGAUAGGCUGGUGCAGCGGCGCAGCAACGAGAAAUAUCUCGGGUUUGGUGCCUGGGACGCGCGAUCCGGUCGACGCGCCGCCACCCAGGCCGCCGCCAACGACGCCAGCCCCCUCACCACCGCCGCCGAGGAGAACGACGAGCGGGACGCCUGGCUGCGGAAGGUGCAGGCCAGGGACCUCAUCGACUUCGGGAUGAUACCGGAGUUCGUGGGUCGAUUCCCAGUGUUGGUGCCCUUCCACAGCCUCAACCAAGAUCUCCUCGUACGAAUACUAACGGAGCCCAAGAACGCAAUGGUGGCGCAAUACAAGCUAUUAUUCGCGAUGGACAAGUGUUCGUUAUCGUUCAGCGACGAAGCGUUGCGAGCGGUAGCUGCCCUCGCUAUGGAGAGAAAAACAGGCGCUAGAGGACUACGGGCUAUUAUGGAGAACCUCCUCCUUGAAGUAAUGUUCGAGAUCCCCGGCUCAGACAUCACAUCCGUCCACAUACACGACGGCUGCGUGUCGCGCGGGGAACCCCCCUCGGUGACGCGGCGCCGCGACAACGCGCAAGCCGACGCCGACGAUCACUGGCCCUCGGUGCGCCUCACUAACUAGCCUGGAGUAUCCUACCCCAACUACCCUCAACAAACUGCGUGCUGUGAGCGAGUGAAGUCUGGUGCUCCAACUAACAUCACACCAGCCGUGCUAUUCUGUAAGAACAAAAUCACUUUUUACCGCGGAAUUUAACGGUGUGAUUUGAAAUUACUGUUUCCUAAAUUUAAUUAUGUUGUAACUAGAGAUCGGAUUAUCGGAUGCAUAUUUACCUAAAAGAUAUUUUUUGCUAAUAGAUAAUGGGAGCGUCUUCUAAAAAUAUUUUUAUUAAUAAUAAAAUCCUGUGAUUUCAGGAACGCAUAAAUAAUCGGAUUUAUGUAUAUAAUUUUAUUUUUUAUUGCCCAUUCGAAUGUUAUAUAAAUUUCUUAAUUCGUUAAUGACAUCUUACACAACUUUUUUGUUAUACACACAGUACAACGGUUGUAUGUGUUAAACUCGAUUUAUUAGAUCUCUCGGAGUAUAUACACUUACAAUCAACAAUUUGAAUUUCCCUGAAUCUUGGGGGGGUUUUUUUUCUCUUUUUAUUUAGAGGCUUUUAUUCUAUGAAUAUGCCAGCCUCAUCGUACCCUAACCAAAACAUACAUAACUAAUUUAAUUUAAAACAUUGGAGAGGGCGAGCUAUUCUUACUAGCGAAAACCAUAUCAAACAUCGACUUUGCUGCAUCUGAGUUUGGUAGUGCUAAUAUUUCCACAAACGAACCUAUAUUUUCAAAGUUAAGUUUAUAUUGGUGUAUGAAUAGCUCUCUCUUUCUCUUCUGUUCUUCACACAUUCCAUCAAAAUUUGUUGAAUCAUGGGGUGGUUACGAUAAAAAAGUGCUUACCAUAACAGUCAACAUGUCAGUUUUAGGUAAAUAUGCAUUCGAUUAUCUAUACUCUAGUAAUAACAAACUCAAUUUUCACCACUAAAUUCGUCGGUGUGAUUUGAAAAUAUUAAAAUUUGUCAUCUAAUUUUUAAUCUCGCAGUGGAUUCCGAUGUAAAAAGUGAGUUUGUUCUUCACAUUAGCACUGCAGAUCACAGUAUAAGGAAUCAUUUUGGCCGUAAGGCUUCGAGAAUCAAGUUCCCAUACUGGCUAUAUAUAGCCGGUAAGGUAAACCCUACUUCUUACGAUUUAAUCUGUAGUUGACAUUCUAAGACAUCUGUAGGAAAUGAAAGAAAUAUCUGCUAUGUGCAAAAAACUGUAACUUCAAGCCGGCACUAUUCGCAUUAGCUAUUUGUAAACUUGACAACAGUCUGUCCUUGUCACGCUUUGUAAGGAGUGAAAAGGACAGACUGAUGUUGAUGCCACGAAAAUAUGGCAGUUAAUAUUUGAGAUUAUUUUGACUGAUGCAGAUAGCAUAUUUUUACCGUCUUUAUUUAUGGUAAGAUUCGCACAGCAGUCUUUGUAUUCGAAAAUUGUCAUAAUGAUGAAAAUGUCGAUAUCUUUACAAAGUGCACAUAGCAGAUAUAAGUUUGACUACGUAGUUCUCAAUCUGGCUACCUUAUCUAACUGCACACAAUACGAAGUCAAAUCAAAACUAUGACUGUUUCACAAAAUUAAAAUCUGUUUGACUGAGUUAAAUAAAUGUGAAGCCCUUUCUUCGAAAAAAUAUAAAAGAAAAUUGUCCUUUCGUGAAACUUUGGAAAUUUCGUGAAAGUUACCUUUUCGUGUGACCGUAAAAUUGGUUGUGCGAAAGAGACAGACGAAACAUAACUAUGACGAAAUAUAUAAAAUAUGUUAUCCUAUCAUUCGAAGUGUCUACAAUCUGAUAUUUGCAAGUCGAUCUUGCCUUUUUUUAACUAUUUGGAUCAAUAAGCGUAAUAUACUCGAUCAUUAAUAAAUUCAACGAAUAUAAACCUUUGUCGCAGUCAAUGUAGAUCUUAAUAUCUGUUACUCGUCACUGUCAUAAAAUUAAAUCCUGUAUCCACCUUAUUAGUAAACGAAGAUUAAGCCUGGAUUAGUUACUCUAUGUUCUGUGUCUGUUCAUCUUAUAUAUAAAAUUCUCGUGUCACAAUGUUAGUUACCAUACUCCUCCGAAACGGCCUGAACGAUUUUUAUGAAAUUUUAUAUGCAUUUUCCGUGGGUCUGAGAAUCGGCUACUAUCUAUUUUUCAUAUCCUUAAGUGAUAAUGGUUGUCCACCUGUAACGUAGUGUUCUGAAACCUACAAUGCGCCUUCGCGCCAAAUUUCAAACUAUUGGGUAUUGAACCAUAUUGUUCUCAUAUGGGUUAGGAGGCAUGUUAUCCCAGGAAAUUAAUAGAACACUACGUUACACACGCAAAAAUUUAUUUUGGACAAUAUUUAUUUUUUUAUAAUGUGGUAUUAAAAAUACAUACAACCGUAAAUUUUACCACCUGCCCCUGGGUGUAUUCCGAAAUGUACAUCAGUAUACUGGCCAGUGGUAAUGACGUCAAGAAUACGACGCCAUAUUGUACUGGUAUGCUACCAUAUAUUUACCGGGAAAACGGAUAUGACGUAUGACCGAGCGUGCGUGAGAUGCAUUCGAAUUUCAUUUCUUUUUUAUUUAAAGAACAAUAAUGGCAUCGAAACAAAAAUAAUUCCGUUUAUUUGAUGUGAUGUAUAAAAAUUCUUCUUUAUUCGCACUAUUUUUAAUAUUUCGUUGAUAUAUGACGUCAGUGCACUGGCCAAUAUAUUUCGGAACAAUUCACCAGUAUAGCGUCGAUUCAUGACGUCAUUAGCCAGUAUACUGGUAUAUAUUACGGAAUACAUCCCCUAUUUUUAUGGCGGUCGCUGGGUCAGCUAGUUGAAUUAUAAAUGUCUAUAAAUUUAGUGAUUGGAACAAAACACGGCGUAACUAAUCUAACCUUAUCCCUCGUUAAUUAAUAUUAGGGUAAGAGUUGUUCUACUGUAAAAUACUUAAAAAAUGCUCAAUCAUAACACGUAACAUUCUGUCGGUCGAAGGACGGUGUAUAAAGUGGAUUGUUUGCUUUCUAUAAUAACGUGUGAAUUAUUCUAGACUCUAUUGUCUAGGGUGGACGAUUCAAUAAUGAAGACUCGAUGGUUGUUUCUUUGAUGUCUGUUAGUUAGGUAAUUUUCAUUGUCCUAAGCUGAGUACACACGGCGGUAAAGCUUAAGUAUAAUAAUAAUUGUUUAUUUUUUCCACAAAAGAUAAUAAUAGGGUAUUUGAUAAGUUUUCGAAAACGAUCUCACGUUAUUUACUAAUGUUUAUAGAGGAUAUUCAUCAUUAUGUUGUGUAUUUCGGUAAAAAAACUAAAUCAAAAACUCGUAUUUUGAAGUUGCCGCGAAAAACGUAUCUCUGGACAAUAUGGCGUCUCACUGGUGUGUGACGUCACUCGACUGUUAUUAAAACGUCAAACCAUACAAUCAAAAUGUCACUUUAACCGGAAGUUUACUUGCGUGUGACGUCAUUUUAAGCUCCACCAAUCCCAAGCGUUUUGGGUCACGUGACAAAAGACAAGAAAACUAUUAUCUUUAUCGUGGGUUUUUAGUAAAAUUAUGAAUAUUUUUUUCGUAAAAAUAGUAAAAACUCCUUCCAAUAUUCAUUCUAAAUAUAGAUACUUACAAUUGGCACUUUAUUUUUAAUACUGUCAAAUACCCUAUUACAUAGCUUACUAUACUAUCAUAUAGUAUCAAACAGUUAUGGUAUACUUAAAAAAUAAUACUCUCUGCCAAAAGUACCAGCCUCUUUCCAAUAGUGUCUUUAGUAACUUAUAAUUUAUUAAAUCACAUUUUUAGUGAACGGUUUAAAGAUAUUAAUCCGAGUUAAUUUAAUUAACUCUGAUAUAAACUGACAACUAACUUGCGAACUUGUCAUUUUAAUGAGACCCAAAGAAUGGAGACGUAAUAUGUGAAAUUAUAAUGAUGAAAAAUGGCACAUGAUUUCUAUUAAUGCUUCUUUAUUUAUAAAAAUUAAAGAAAAUACAAAUAGUUUUUGAAUGGAAAAAAAUACUAUUGUGCACUCAGCUUAAAAAAUUUCUUGCAAUAUUGAGAUUUCAUUAUCGACUGUCACAUCUACUGGGACCAAUCGCCUAACGUAAUCCACGUUACAGCUAUGGCUAUCGCUAUCGUUUACGCUACCAAUUUUUUAUAUCUGACCGCCUAAGGUUUUCACAUAGCUUGCGCUCAUUUUCUAUUGUUUUUACUGAUGCAAAAGAAAAAAAAAGCGCGAGACAUUUCAAAACCUUUAACAAAAUGAAAUCGUUAGCAAUAUCAAUUGCCAUAGCAAUUCCUUAUGGUGAUUGGCACCCAGCAAUGUGUGGUAAACUAGAAAAAUGAUUUCGGAAACUACCUUGAACAUCGGUUUUCAUCAGGAAGUGUUUAAAGAAAAGGAGAUACAAUAUUCCUAUUAGUAAUAGGCAUCUAAGAACAGCCGCGUAUUAAUUAGCCUGUCCGGUUAGCAUUUCGUAGAGACUUAAUUGUUCAUGAUUGCAUUUUAGUAAUUUUAAGUAGUGCCCUUAUCAAAAUGGAAAAUAAAUUCUCAUUUAUUAGACUACAUUUACAAUGAACCUUAAUUGGUUUGCAGUCAUGAAUUUUAAGAGGUACGUCAUCCUUUGGGUAUUUAAUAAGACCUUUCAUUAGUUCCUUGGUUUAGAAUAAAUUGAAAAAAUAAAAUAAAAAAAAGAAUAGAAAGAGAAUUAUAAUUAUGUUGUACCGUGGACAGCUGCUGUACAACAUAACUGUUGUGAUGUAAAUUACUGUAAAUAAUUAAAAAUAAUUAAUAAAUAAAAGAGUUAUAAGUUUUAAUAAAGUUAGUUUUUCAUUUGAUAAAUAAUUAUUUCCAUUUUAGUUGUAAGUACGAGAAACUACGGAAACGAUACAUUGUUAUUUUUUUAAUUUAAAAGGAAAAUUUAUAUUAAAAAGUUCGGUCAGCGCUGAUAGAAAACAUUUUGACAUUUGUUACAAUUUUCAUAUUAUUGUGUAAUUAUAUUUAUUUAUAAUUGUAAAGUUGGGGUGUGAUUAUUAAAUUCGCCUGGAUAUACAAUUAUAAUAUUGGGCUAACUAGAUCCAGUCUUUUUUGCGGCUACACCAAGUUAAUUUUGAAACAAUUUAAUAAUAAAAUAUAUUUACAAUUGUUUUCAAUCACAAAUUUAGUUGAAUCCAGAUGAUUGAAUCUUACUGAGAGAUGAUCUAACAAGAUUUGUAUUAUUUUGUUUCGAAAUUGAGUACACAAGUUAUACUGAACCAAAAUCUAUGAAAUUUGGAAAAUGCCAAAAAUUUUCUGGAUUUGGUUAUCCCUGAAUCUAUAUAAAUAGAUUUGGCAAAUAGUGAGAUAUAAAGAUAAAUUUAGAGAAUUUAGAUAUAAUCACAUUGCAACUGAAGUUCAUAGUUUAAGCCUAUUUUCAAUUAAAAAUAUAAAAGAAAACCAAAAAUGUUUGUGGUUUCAAUCGUACGCCAUUAAAUCCAAUAACUGACGUCUGACUGACUGACUAAUCCAUUUUCUGACGCUUUCAUCUAUACCUACGGGAUCCUCUGACAAAAUCAAAUAACAGAUUUUUAAUUGUUUCAUUUUAUUGAUUAUUUACGCAUAAUUUUUGCUUGUUUUAUUAUUAUAAAUACAUGUACUUAAUUGAAUAUGCUUAGACACAUAAUUUUGCACUCGAAAACGACAUUGAAUUUUUUACGUAAACACGUAACUUUGACGUGCAUUAAAAUAAAGCGAUAUCUCUAAAAAAAGGCCGCAAUAGAAUUUUCUAACAAUAUUUACAAAUAUCACAUAAUCAGACAUUAUACCUAUAAGCCUAAAGAUUAUUUUUGGGUAAGUCUCAUCGCCUUUAGUGAUUUACAAGUCUUAUUCUCAUUACACUACUAAGUUCCGUUUCACUGGGAAAUUCUUGUAGCUCUCCGUUUUGAUAAUGUCCAAUAAAAUAUCUACCAUUUGGUAAACUUCCAUGUAACUGGUGUACAGAGCGGUUGGAGUUACUCUUAUAACGUUGGGAUCUCUGAAGUCGCCGACCACGCCACGAGCGUUCAUGGCCAAGCUGAUCCUGUAACCUUCGUCGUGCUCCAAACACACAUGCCCACCCCUCUUACAAUCAUCCUUGAGGUUGCCUAUCGUAAAUCCGUAUGCUCCCAGUUUCUUCUCAAUCAAGUACAUCAUGUAAGCUGUGAUGUGCAAAGACUUCUGUCUAAUGUUUGGCAUACCUGCUUCCCGGAAUAUCUUCAAAGCACCUUCUAUCGUAGCCAUCGACAACAGCGCCGCUGUUCCGAUUUGCCAACCGCUAGCGUCUUGCUGGUGGUCAAACUGUUGUCUCAGCAAGAAUUGCGUCUCGUUCUUGUUCCCCCACCAACCUGUCAGUCCUGGCAAUUUGUCGAAAUGUCGCCUGUUGCAAUAUAUAGCGGCGAGUGAUCCCGGUCCGCCGUUUAAAUAUUUGUAAGUGCACCACACAGCGAAAUCGGCGUCCAGUGACUUCAGAUCUAUCUCUAUGGCGCCCACAGCGUGACACAAGUCCCAUCCUAUUAUGAUGUCUCUCUGUUUUGCAGCUUCCGUGAUUUUUUUCAUGUCGACUACUUGAGCAGUCCUAUAGUAAACUGUGGGCAAUAAUAUCAUGGCUACAUCGUCAGUCAUAGCUUCAAUAAACUUGUCUUCGUCUAAAAAUUUCCCAUUGACCCCUGCCACUACUUUGACCGCGUCUUUCGGAUCGUAACCUUUGAGUCUCACUUGCCCAUCAACUGCGUAUCUGUCUGUUGGGAAAUUUAAAUCGUCUACCAGAAUUUUGUACUUCUCUUUGGUUGGUUUGUACAAUGUGCUAAUUGCUUGAUGGAUCGCCGUUGUAGUAUUGCCUAUUACAGCAAUUUCUUCUUUGUCGGCGCCGACUAUGGGUGCCAUUAGUUCCGAUAGGUAGUUUGAAUAUAAAAAAUAUUUGCUACCUUCUAUACCCCAUAUUCUUAUGCCGUACUCUUUCCAGUUCUCCAUUGCGACCAUUGCUGUUUCUACGGAGUCUUUAGAUGCUAGUCCUAAGGAAUUGCCACACAUGUAGAUGACUCCUUUCUUCAAAUAAAACCUGUUUCUGAAGUGACCAAGUUUAUCGUUGUUGUCCAUUUUCUUCGGAUAUUCAAUGUCGUCUUCGAAGUGCUUGUCCAUCUUGAUAGAUGUUGCUUCUUCUGUGGUUCAAU